AUGGAAUUACUAGACCACGAUUCAUUCCUCACCCGGCUAGAAGAACUCUUCGAGUCAUCUCAACAGCACGGCUCAGUAUGGAUUACGCAUAAACGAUUGCGAUACGAGGACGAAGAUAUUGCGAUGGGCCAUGCGACGGGCGCUUCUGGGGGAGACGAGCGAGAGUACCCGUGUCUGAUUCGCGUCACCGAUGGUGGGGCGGCCAGAUUCUCUACCAGGGUCUUGUCCUCUGAGCUCUCCAAGUUCCAUGCGGCCUACGGCAACCUCCUCAAAUCGGCUUUCUCCACGACUCUCCGUAAACGCGACAAAAAGAAGGAAAAACUGAAGGCGGAGGAAGCGGCAAAGCGGAAGAAGAAAAUGACGGAACAAGUUAUUGUUGUGGAGGGCCCCAAACGCGGCAAUGGACGGAGGAAGCGCCAGAAGAAGAUCAAGGCGUUGCAAAAGCAGUUGCUUUCGCAGCAGAAAGCGAAGGAAAGGGAGGAAGCUGCUGCUGUGAGAGGCUCAUAA